CCUCGUGUUGCGACCCAUGGUCCCACCUCUUUAUAUAUAGUGCAGGUGACAGGGGCCCGUCACCCAUAGUGGGUUGAGCGCCCCCGAUCAGGGCGCGGAUCUAAGGGCCCGGUGGGCCGUUGGGCCCACACAGUGGAGAUCAUCCUAACAGGGUUCACUAUGCGUAGCAACUGAGCUAAUCUGCAUUAUAACCUGCGAAAUACGAUCGCAUAGCUCCAAUAAAAGCUAUUGUGUUGACCUAAAGAAACAUAACAACACAAGUGUUUUCUGAAAAUCAGUAUGCAUCAUAUGAAAUUAUGAAUAGACUGUUUCAACAUGCAUCACCACCCUAGGUUGUGGCGUGCGCUCAGCUUUGCACCCAGCCUGCCACCCGGGUUCCAUUGUUGGGCCCCACAAAUGUGCGUGCCUGGGUUGUUUCUUCUGAAUCAAUACGCUACAGGGGCUAGUCCCUGUUGGUCGAAUUUCGUUUUGGUUGGUCAAAUUAAAUUUGUUGCACUAUCUUUCUCAUGAGAAAAACAGAAAAUGCCAACAAAUCCUAGCUAUGUUUCUACAUCUUCGUCGUAAUAGUCACCUGACACAUCAUCGUGCUUGUUUUGAUCAGGGUCCCGGAGCAUGUGGAGGAGGUGAGCAGCCGUGAGCUUGGGGAUACAAGCAAGGAUCUGUCUAGGUUUGAGACCCUGACGCUGAAUGACACACCUCACACGCUUGAAUCAGCUGACGGGCAGGAAAUAUUUGGAGGAUUUUAUCCACUCGACCAUCAAGGUGAUAUAAAAUUUGAGAGAAGACAAGCUGAAGAGCGAGCUCAAUUUUUCCAAGCACAAGGAUAUUGGCCACUCGACUUUGAAACUAACAGAGAAUAUGCAGACAUGAAAGUUGGAAAACAAACUCAAUCAGUCCAAGCACGGGGACAACAUACUUACGCUUCUAAGGAAGAAGAAAUUUUGUAAAUGCGAAACGAUGGAUGAGCGAGGAGGCGAUGGUGGCUUUCACAAGAUACAUUGAGAGCAAAGAUGAUCUUAAGGGACUUGAUUAUGAAUUUGACGAGCUUGUCCAUCAAUGUCUUAAUGUGGAGGAUUAUUUAAAGAUAUUCCAUCACUUCAACUUUACUGUCAAGAUAAAGAAGCUUGGCUCAGCUGAUUGGAUGUCGGUGAUGUACUUCGCCGAGGUCAAAUCGAUAUGUAUGAUAAAACUCUAUGCCUGUUAUCCUUUGGAGCAAGAUCAAUAUGGUGAAUGUUAUGCCCGUGAGAACCAAGGAAUGGGUGAACUGAGGCACCCGUUAAAAGGGAUAUACGAUAUGGGCAGGGAAGAUAUACAACCUCCCUUCUAUUAUGAGGACAGUGACUCUGAUGAAUUCAAUCCAGCAACAGUCCGGAGUUUAUCUUCUGAUGAUGAUAUGAGUUGAUGAUGGCCUUGUCCUUUAUUCUAGUACUGUAAGUUAGCUGUAGCUCUUGUAUGCUCUUGAUCUGUUGAUUCCUAGUUGAUUUAUGAAUGUAUUCCUAGCCCCAGCAGCAUCUGAAGAAUAUCGAGUAGCAGCGCAGCAAUGGUUUGUAACACUGGUAUUAUGCGUUGUUGGUUCUGAUGUCACACUCGUAUUUUCUUUGAUGCGACUGGUUUACUCUGCUUUAAAUUGUUGCUGUCACGGUUGGUGAA